UGGUUUUUACGGCGCUCCCGGGACAACGCCACGCGCAGAAACGGACCAGACAUCCAAGAGAUUUACUUUUGGUACUACGGCGGCGUUAGGUGUAUCCCUUUUCUUAACUCGCGCCCCCUUAUUUGGUAAAGACUGACGUCAGUUUUGGGGGGGUGGAGGAGGACAGCGUAACUUCGAAGAAUCGUGGUUUUAUGGGAAAGAGGUGGACUUGUUUUUCAUUAUCUCCUUAGUUAGUAGGAGGUGGUUUGCUUUAUUAAAAAAAAAAAAAAAAAAAAACCGAGGCGUUUUGUCCGUUCUGUAGAUAAAAACGCAAAAUGAGCUCCGAGGUCUUGUAUCGUAGGCAGAUAUUUCCAAGUGACUGAACGAGGCUCUUUAAGUGCUUGGAUUUGAGUGAAUAAGAUUCUGCAGUGCACCUACAGCGUAAACAACAUCGGACAGAACAGACGUGUAUAAUUGCUCGUGCGACGGACCAAAAGAAGGAGAAGAAGAAGAAAAAAAACCAUGACGGAGCCGGUGAAAAAAAAGAUAUUCGUCGUGGUGGAUUUGCUUUGCGUGAUCGUGGCCGCCCUGCCCUCGCUCAUCCUGACCGCCCUCUUCAAGCCCUAUCAGAGGGGCAUUUACUGCAACGAUGAGAGCAUCCGCUACCCCUACAAGCGCGACACCAUCACCCACGCCACCAUGGCCGCCGUCACCAUCUCCUUCUCCGUCGUCAUAAUAACCUCCGGUGAGGCCUACCUGGUCUACAGCAAAAAGCUGCACUCCAACUCCAACUUCAACCAGUACGUGGCGGCGCUCUACAAGGUGGUGGGGACCUUCCUGUUCGGCGCGGUGGUCAGCCAAUCGCUGACGGACCUGGCCAAGUUCACCAUCGGCCGCCCGCGCCCCAACUUCAUAGCCGUCUGCGCCCCCAAAGUCUGCAACGGCUACAUGCUAAACAUCAGCUGCACCGGCAACUCGCACAACGUGACCGAGUCCAGGUUGUCUUUCUACUCUGGCCACUCCUCCUUUGGGAUGUACUGCAUGCUGUUCCUGGCGCUCUACGUCCACGCCAGGAUGGCGGGGAAAUGGGCGCGGCUCCUGAGACCCACAAUCCAGUUCUUCCUGGUGGCGUUCGCCGUGUACGUGGGGUACACCCGCGUCUCCGACUACAAGCACCACUGGAGCGACGUCCUGGUGGGCCUCCUGCAGGGGGCGCUCAUCGCCGUCCUCAAUGUGCGCUACGUGUCAGACUUCUUCAAGGAGCGGCCCCCCCACUGCCCCUGCCCCUGCCCGUCCACAGCUGAGACGGUGGCCCUGGAUGGCCAAACCUUGGAGCGCAAGCCCAGUGUGCAGAUUGCGGACAGCGAGCGCCACAACCAUUUCAGCUACCCCCCAGGGCCCGUGUGAGGCCCCCCUGCCGCAGAGGGACUGUACCUCUGAAAACCCGCCCAAGACCACGCCCCGCCCCGCCCCUUCGCCUUUGCCCCGCCCCUUCCUCCCCACCCGCAGCGAACCACUCGGGGAACAAACCACUGGACUGACGGAGAGACUCCGCCCCCUUUUACAACUCUCUAAAAGACACGCGACUGCCAUGUCUGACGCAGACGCCUUCCCAAAAAAACAGGACUUUACCUGUGUGUGUGUGUGUGUGUGUGUGUGUAUGCAUGUGUGCGUGUGCGUGUGUGUGUGUAUGCAUGUGUGCGU